CACAGAUAACAGAGUUCACAAUGUUUAAGACCGAGCCUGAAAAUAAUUUCUUUCGUACAAAUCAGCAUCUCUGCAGCUUUUCCAAGGAUGGCUCAUAUUUAGCCUCAGCGUUUCAAGUGAACUUAAUGAUUAAAAAUACGGGAACGUUCGACGUGUUUCAGUCAUUUGUUUUCGCUGAUGUUAUCGAGUACAUCGAGUGGUCCCCUGACAAUGAAUAUGUUUUAUGCGCAAAUUUUAAAAAGGCUGUUAUUCAGAUUUUUUCUAUCUUGUAUCCAGAAUGGAAGUGUAAAUUAAUUGAAGGCAGUAUAGGUCUUGAACGUGUUCUGUGGGCUCCUGAUAGUAAACAUUUUCUUUCUUUAUCCGAUUUUAAUAUUCAGUUAUCAAUUUGGUCACUGGAGGAUAAAGAGGUGAGACAUAUACAAAAUCUGAAAUCAUCGGUUAAAAAGCAGACGAACCUCCAGUUUAGUCCAGAUGGGAAUCAUUUGGCCACUGUGAUAACGAACGACGGUCUAGAUUAUGUUGGAAUUUAUAAAACUAGCAAUUGGAAAAUCAGUAGAAAAUUGAUGUGCGAACGAUUAAGCAGCAUCGAUGGCAUAAAUUGGUCUCCUAAUGGGGAAUUACUUUGUAUAUGGAGCUCAAUUAUCAGCGAAUCUAAAUUGUUAAUCUUUUCAAUUCUCUCCGAAAGCCAUGUCGGAGCAUAUUGUCCUGAAAAAAGGAAGGAAUCUAGAAACGUACGAUAUGGAUAUACUAAGCACUUGAAAGGCAUAGAUAUCGUUAAAUGGAUGCCUAGCGGUCAAUUUCUCGCAGUUGCAGGAUUUAAUGAAUUGGUUGUACUUAUCAACCAUAUUACAUGGCAACCAAUUCUACAGUUCAACUGCAAUCCUGUGAUAAACAAUAAUUACCACAAAGUAUUCAACGAAUGUGUUAUUCAUGUAAAGGAUCCCAGUAAGACCUCAAGUUUAAGCAUCAAACACGUUCUAGAAGAAGUCCUGGAUCGUCCCGUCAAUGUUCCUAUCCUGAAGAAGGAUGGUAAACACGAACCGCAAUUUACUAACUUGGAUAUUUUGGAAUUUAGUGCCAGUGGGCGAUAUUUGGCUCUUAGACAUCAAGUUUAUCCUAGUGCACUCUGGAUAUGGGACAUCAUCAGUGACUGUACCGACCACUUGCUUCUUCGGAAUUCUAUAUCGAACAUUAGAUGGAGCGGUGAAGAGGAUAGACUGAUGAUAUUCACAGAAACAGUUCAUUUUUUCGAAUGGCACCCUACUAAUGUUGCCUGUAUUUCAACACCUAGAGGGAUCAUAGUAUCCGAUGCUCGAUGGCAUGCUCGAGGUAAAAUAGUAGCACUAUGUGGGUACAAUAAGGUUGCGAUAUACCAUGUAUGAGUCGUGUUCCGACCAUAGAAUACUGUAUAUUAAU